GCUGGAGACAGAUUGUAGGCUCGAGCGCGGGCGGGCGGGAGGCGACGGAGCUACCAGCGGCUCCACUCUGCUAUAUGAAAUAUGGGAGACGACAGACCGUUUGUGUGCAAUGCCCCAGGCUGUGGACAGAGAUUUACAAACGAGGACCACCUGGCAGUUCACAAACACAAGCAUGAAAUGACAUUGAAAUUUGGCCCAGCUCGAACUGACUCAGUCAUCAUUGCAGAUCAAACUCCUACUCCGACUAGAUUUCUCAAGAACUGCGAGGAGGUGGGGCUCUUCAAUGAACUGGCUAGCUCUUUUGAACAUGAAUUCAAGAAAGCAGCAGAUGAGGAUGAGAAAAAGGGUGCUUCUGGGCCCCUUGACAUGUCUCUGCCUUCCACACCAGACAUCAAAAUCAAAGAAGAAGAACCAGUGGAGGUAGACUCAUCCCCACCUGACAGUCCUGCCUCUAGUCCCUGUUCCCCACCACUGAAGGAGAAGGAGGUUGCCCCAAAGCCUGUUGUGAUCUCUACCCCCACACCCACCAUUGUACGUCCUGGCUCCCUGCCUCUCCACUUAGGCUAUGAUCCACUUCAUCCAACCCUUCCCUCCCCAACCUCCGUCAUCACACAGGCUCCACCAUCCAGCAGGCAAAUUGGGUCUCCUACUGGCUCCCUCCCUCUUGUCAUGCAUCUUGCUAAUGGACAGACCAUGCCUGUGCUUCCAGGGCCUCCAGUACAGAUGCCUUCUGUUAUAUCGCUGGCCAGACCUGUGUCCAUGGUGCCCAACAUUCCUGGAAUCCCUGGUCCACCAGUUAAUAGCAGUGGCUCCAUUUCUCCCUCUGGCCACCCUAUGCCAUCAGAAGCCAAGAUGAGACUAAAAGCCACCCUAACUCACCAAGUCUCCUCAAUCAAUGGUGGUUGUGGAAUGGUAGUGGGUACUGCCAGCACCAUGGUGACAGCCCGUCCAGAGCAGAGUCAGAUCCUCAUCCAGCACCCUGAUGCCCCAUCUCCUGCCCAGCCACAGGUCUCUCCAGCCCAGCCCACUCCUAGUACUGGGGGACGCCGGAGGCGCACAGUGGAUGAAGAUCCGGAUGAGCGGCGGCAGCGCUUCCUGGAGCGGAACCGAGCUGCAGCCUCCCGCUGCCGCCAAAAGCGGAAGUUGUGGGUAUCCUCCCUGGAGAAGAAGGCAGAGGAACUCACUUCUCAGAACAUUCAGCUGAGUAAUGAAGUCACAUUACUACGCAAUGAGGUGGCUCAGUUGAAACAGCUGCUGUUAGCUCAUAAAGACUGCCCAGUCACUGCACUACAGAAAAAGACUCAAGGCUAUUUAGGGACUUGCUCUCCAGCACCACCAUCCUGGGAGAUGGAGUGCUUCACCAUAGCCAUGUACCAUCUACAGCCUGAACCACCAAGCAGACGCCAAAAAACUCUUCUGGUUUCCAAGGCUCUUCUGCUCUACACUGAGAGGCUCCUUAAAGGUGCUAGCCCCUGAAAUGGCUCUUCCCACAAGAGUGUUCCCCUUUCAUAAUUUUCUUCCUAUUAAUUUUACACAUUGUAUACACAAGAAGGAAAUGUUAUUUUUUUUUAAAUCUCAUAACCAUUUGAUGUAGACUCCAUUCUUCCCAGCUAUAUCACAUAUGCCUUUGUUGAUGUUCUCUCUACUUUCUUGAAACUUGUGUUUGAUCAGGGUGGAGGUAUGGAGGAACAGAACAAGUGAGGAUCCUAGAGCAGAUUAGAGGACCCUCACCCCACUACAACCUCCCUCAUCACCCUCUCAUAGCAUUGAACUGGUUUCUCUGUUUCUGUUUGGAUAAAUCCGCACUUGCCCGGAUGGUGACCCACCCGGAAGGAAUGAGCAUAGGUGACUGCCAGCAUUUCCACCCUUGCACCAGUUGAAUUGUUUUUCUUUGAAAAAAGGCCAAGUAUAGUAGGGCAGGUUAAGGCAGCAUAUGUCCUUUGUAGAUGGAGGUUUGUAUUGUAGCUACCGGGCUUUAUUUUUUUAGUGGGGAGCUAGUAGCACAGAUUAUCUCACCGCAGCUGCUGGUAAGUGAUGCUUCAGCUGUAUGUGGCCAAGAGCACUAGUUUCAUUGACUAUACUUAGGGCAUUGGUUCUCAAAAUAGGGUCCAGGACCACCAGCAGCAGCAUCACCAUCACCUGGAACUUGUUAGACAUGCACAUUCUUGGUCCGUCCCAGACCCACUAAGUCAGAAAUUCUGGGGGUGGAUUUUUUGACAAGCACUCCAAGUGCGUCUAAUGCACACUAAUGUUUGAGAACAUUGCCCUUAGGGGCAAGCUCGGAGCUCCUUUGAAGACAUGGAGGAUGCUUUUAAAUACGGUCCUCGGCCUUAGCACUAACGUAUUUUUCUAUUUCCUCCAGUACCUCUUUCCACUCCCAUUAAAACCACCACCACCACAUCACUCAUCUCAUAUUCUAGAUUUGUCUUCCUUCAGGUCUUAACCCUAAAACCUGUCCCUGCCUCAGUCUAGGCAGGAGUUGUCUGUGUUCCCUUGCAGGCUGCUCUGAGUUCUUGGUUACAUUAAGGACCAGCAGAACUUUAGCUACUCCAUUCCUCCCCCGCCACACACCUUGCAGGCCUGGAGGAGAUGAGCCUCCAGCUCCAACAGAGGAGGCUGCUGCAUCCUGAUGUAGUAUCUCUUGAGAAAAAAGCAGUGUGUAUCUAUGAUUAUAUCUCUGUUCAUCUAUAUAUUUUUGACAUGUAGCAACACCUCUCCAUCUCAAGGAGCUCAACUUGGUCUGGGUCUCUCCAGGCUCCAGUGAUGAACUCUUGACAGGUGGGAGGAUGCAGUGCUAUGGGUUAUUUUGUUACACAGCCGUCUUUCCCUUCCCCUCCACCUGAUUCAGCAUGACCCCUGUGAGCAGGUUCUCACAAUCUCCUGGGGUGGGGCUGAGGCAGGGGCUUCGCGCUCUUCUUAACCAUCUCUACUUCCCUCCCCCUUGCCAUUUAGCAGUUACCCCCCAGCCUGGCCUUCUCCUUCCCUCCCUCGCCCUGACAUAUAUUGUGCCUUAUUUAUGCUGCAAAUAAAACAUUAAACUAUCAAGAGAACCACUGGUGUGUCUGAUGCUUCACUAUUCCAAGCCACAGGUCCCACUGGCUACUCUUGGGGACUUACUAGCAUUCACGUUUGUGACCUUCUUUACUCUCCCACUUCUUAAGACAGAAGGAGCAGAUGUUCUCAUCCCUAUUUUUUGUACAGGCGAGACGCAGCCUCCAGAACGCAGAUGAUUGAUAUAAACUACACAGUGUGACAGAAGGCAUAGAGCUGAGGAUCUAUAGACUGCCUUAAAGACAAUGACCCUUGACAUCAAGGGAACACUCACUAGGAAACUUAAUGUGUGCUUUAUGUGGAUGGUGGGGGGGUUGUCUAAAUAUGAGUGCCCUCUUUUAGCGUUUUGCCUGCACCCUGCACCACCCCCAACAACUGGAAGAAAAGGCCCUGCCCUCGAAGUUUCCAGCACUGCUGGGCACCAGUAGCUCACACCUGUAAUCCUAGCUACUUGGAAGGUUUGAGAUCAGGAGCAUUGCGGUUCAAGGCCA